UACAAAAGCUUUCGUCAAAAAUAUUUAUGUGAUUAAUCAUCAAAAGUUAUCACUGCUUGCUUUGACAAUCAAACCUCAUGUUAAAUGGGCCAUUAACAAUGUCCGUACGCUGCUCAGUUGUAAUAUUGCUGUAUAAUAUGUUUACGAUAUAAUUAAUUGAUAAGUUCAUACAUGUUUCCGACCCAAAUUGACUUGAAAGGUCCAAUAACUUAAAAUAAAUCCUGAACUCGAUCUAAUCAAAUCCAAAUGGUAAUCAAUUCAGUCUAGAUUCGAUUUUUAUUCAUUGGAUUUCAAAUGCACCAAUCCUCGAUCCAACCCGAACUGCAUGCGGCCCUAUAUCUUACUCUUCCUAUUUUCAUCAUCCCAGUUAAUGUGGCCACCAAUUGCAGGAAACAAACCACAACACCAAAUCAUCUGAAGGACUCUUUCUCCACUCUGUUCUUCUUCUUCUCCGGCAAGUCCUCACCACAUCUACAACCAUUCGAUUCGUCGUCACUCUUCCAUCUGCGUCAUUCCCUUGCGUUGCAUCCAUCCUGCCCAAAUCUUCCCUUAAAUGCUAAAUAGAAUCCAAAAUCCACUCAUGAGUGUGCUUCCCACUAAUCCAACAUUAUAUCCUCUUUAUUAGUAGGUAGACCUCUCAAUCUUGGCCCAGCACCAUUUUGACGGCCCAAUUAAAGUUUAUCAGACAACCUGAUUUGGAUCCAAAUUUUAAUCUGGGCAAAGUCGGCCCACCCACAGGCUACAUUCUAGCCCAACCCAGCUGUUAUUUAUAACGCGUACGGUCGUUCGUAUCCCGUGUUCCUCCUGGUGCUCAUCCUCCACCUCCACUCGCCGGCGGAAAACGCCACCAGCUCUCGCGGUACGCCCCCUCCCUUCUCUCUCUGUAUGUAUUAUAUAUAGCGGGUUGAAACUCCUCGUAUCUCGACGCCGCCACUUCCUCAUUCCCUUCUGCUAUCUCUUCUACCUUCUCCCCAUCAGAUCCCGCAGCGCCACGCCUCUCAAAAGUUUGUGCCCUGGAUCCCCCAACCGGGGUUGGACUCUCCCCCUUUUCGAUCUCCCCGGAAUUCGAGCCUGUCGAAGAGCUCUGGUCCAUCCACUUGUGCUGAUAUAAACCAAGGUUCAUGGCUGAGACUGUAAAACAAGGUCAAAGUAAAUCUGAUCUUCUUGAGAAACAAAAUACUUUGGACGAUGAUGGAAUGAGAAGGAAAGCUGAAAAUUUAAGAGCUAGAAAGAAAAAACGAUCUCGUAAAGACUUAGAUGGUGCUGAAAAGCAUGGGAUUUGUUAUUUGAGCCGGGUUCCGCCCCACAUGGAUCCAUCACAUGUCCGUCAAAUCCUCUCUAAAUACGGAGAUAUACAACGCAUAUAUCUCACUCCAGAAGAUCCUACAGCUCAAGUGCAACGCAAGCAGGCUGGUGGUUUUCGGGGAAAAGAGUUUUCUGAAGGGUGGGUUGAGUUUACAAAGAAAAGUGUUGCCAAGAGGGUUGCAAAUAUGCUAAAUGGUGAACAAAUAGGAGGGAAGAGGAGGUCAUCAUUCUAUUAUGACAUUUGGAACAUCAAGUAUCUAAGUAAAUUCAAGUGGGAUGACUUGAUUAGUGAGAUAGCUGAGAAGAAUCGCGUUCGGGAACAAAAGCUAAGCUUGGAGAUAUCUGCUGCAAACAGGGAGCGUGACUUCUACAUGUCGAAAGUUGAACAGUCUCGUGCUCUGAAACAUAUGCAGGAGCGUAAAAAGAAGAACCAGAAGGCUGAAGGUUCAGAAUCUGGUGAUAUGCCGGAACCCAAGGUCAUUCGCCAAUUUCCCCAAAACCGGCCAGUUGCCGAUAGUAGUGUUCAAAGUAAACCAAGGCUCUCAAAAGACAUUUUGGCAGGGGUAUUUAGCGGCGGUUCGAAAUGAUUUUUGUAGCUAGCUAUUUUGGAAGAAAAUUAUCUCUAACAAUUUUGAGGAGGAAGCAUUGUUGUUGCAUGGAUAAGCGUUUUGAUUGCAUCUGAGAGGCUUUCGUUGGAAUUCCAUAAUCUUAUCUGCUGCUGUGCACAAAUAGUUUUAAUUUCUUUUAAUUAGUGAUUUCUGCUUAUGAGCAAUCUUCAGAAAUUGGAGAUUUCAGCAAUCCAUGGUCAUCUCAAUGACAUUUGUGUCAAUAGUGGCAGCAUUGAGAUGAUGAGAAAAUGUAAUACCCCAAAGAUUGGGUAAAAUGAACUUUUCGAUGUAUGGUUUGUGCUAUCAUUGAAGUGAACUUGUUGAGAUAACCAAGCCCAUUAUCUCUGUGCUUUUUUUCAAAUGAAACAGUUUUGAAUUAAA